CGCCACUCCACCAUCAUGGAAACUCUCAACUCGUUCCUUGCAGAUUUGACAAAAACGUCACAACAAGCCCUUGUCAGCGGAGCUUGGCUGUAUCCAGUUCACGGUGUUAUCUACUUCGUUUCCCAUCCCUCAAUAUACCGCUCAGCAGCACCCAUCGUUGGCAAAUGUGUUCUCAUUUCUCUCGGAAUCACUGCGGGCAUGUUCAUCUUCACUUAUCUCCCCCAACUUGCAUUCUGUGCAAUCUUCUCAGGACCACUGGCCUUUAUUCCUGCCGCGGUCAUGGUUUUCGGGGAGUCUUAUGCUUUGAGUUCAUUGGUGGCGAAAACCUUUCUCCUUGGAGCUCUCCAGGAUAAAAUAUUCGAUGCCGUUCUAUUGCAAAAGGGACAGGAAUCACUCGUAGCUCGAGGGAGGGAAGUCAAAAGUUCAUCCUCAGGCGUGAAAACCCUCGGAAAAUCAUUCACGAAACCUCUCGACCGCUUUUCAAAAGAUGGAAUACUCCGAUACCUUCUAUCUAUUCCUCUCAACUCUAUUCCAGUCAUAGGCACAGUUUUAUUUCUUCUCUUGAACGGCAAGAAAUCCGGUCCACGUCACCACUCUAGAUAUUUCCAGCUUAAAGGAUUCACCAAGGAUACCCGGGCUGCCUUUGUCGAGAAGAACAAAGGUGCAUACACUGCAUUUGGCGCCACCUCAUUGGCACUUCAACUUGUACCCUUCGUCGGCACUGUAUUUAGUAUUACCUCAACAGUCGGUGCGGCUUUGUGGGCUAACGACCUGGAAAAAGGUCCCUCUCAAGACUCGGAAACUCAUGUAAAAAUGCGGUGA